UGUCUGUCGGUUAGCAACAAGUCCGUCAACAGCAGGAUGCGGGCAGACAGCUGUUAGUCUAAAACUCCACAAACUCCGGUUCUGGGCGGAUUUAACCGAACCGAGCCGACAUGCGGGACCGGCGGGAGCGCGUGCUCGGCGUCCGAUCGAUCCGGCGUUCGUGAAAGUAUUGAUUAGGCGCGCGAACGGGGGCCGAAGUGCGUGUUUGUGUGCGGAGUUUGAUGCGGCAGAGAUGAACCUGCAGCUAACAGGCUAACUGAACGGUAACGGGCGAACCGGAGCUAACAGGCUAACUACGGAGCUAACGGGCUAACCGUCAAAAUGAAGCGGUUUUAAUAAACUUUAUCAGCAGCCGGACACAGAGACAAUAACAGAGGCGUCAUGGACUCUCUGCUGGACUUCGAGGCGUGUGUCCAAGACUCACCUGAGUUCAGGCUGAAUCUGGAUCAGUUUGAGGUGGAUGUUUCUUUGUUGGAGACGCAACUGGAGAAGGUGAUGAAGCUGUGCGGGAAGAUGGUGGAGGCGGGGCAAACGUACAAUGCGGCCAAUCAGCUGUUCCUGAGCGGCCUGGCUGAGCUGUCCACCUACCACAAGACGGACGGCGUCAUAACGACCUGCCUGAACCAGUUCCACCAGGGCCUGCAGGAGAUGCUCAGCUUCCACACUAUGUUGUUUGAUCAGACUCAGAGAGCCAUCGGCCAGCAGCUGACUAACCUCUGCACACAGUUUCUUCCUCAGCUGAUGGAGACCAGGAGGGAGUUCAUCCGGAUUGGGGAGGAUCUGGAGACGGUGGCGGCGAAGAACGCUCAGGUUUCCCGACACAAAGCCGCCGACGCUGAGCGAGCGAGUCACCUGCUGCUCGCUACCCGGAAAUGCUACCAACACUUUGCCCUGGAUUACUGUCUGCAGCUCAACACCUUCAAGACUCAGCAGAGGAUCGACGUCUUAAACUCAGUGUUCUCCUUCGUCCACGCUCAGUUCACCUUCUUCCACCAAGGCUUCGACCUGCUCAGAGAUCUGGAGCCCACAAUGAAGACGAUGGCAGCUCAGAUGUCGCAGCUGUCUGCAGACUGUGCAGCUAAAAGGAAGGAGCUGGAGAACAAACACCUGCUGGUCCAACAGAGAGAUGCGUCAGGUGAGCCGAUGGUCAGUCCGUGUCCUGGGAGCGAUGACAUCAUCCAGGGUUACCUGUUCAAACGGUCCAGGAGGAAAUCUAAGACCUGGAAGAGGUGCUGGUUCACGAUCAGAGACAACCAGCUCAUCUACAGGAAGUCACACAAGGAGGACUCCAAGGUUCUGUUCGAGGAUCUCCGACUUUGUGCCGUUAAAUCUCUGGAGCACAUCGACCGACGGUUCUGCUUCGAGCUGCUCUCAGUCCAGAAGUGUUGCGCUCUGCAGGCCGACUCGGAGCAGCUGAAGCAGGCCUGGCUCAGCGCCCUGCAGGGCAGCAUCGACCUGGCUUACCGGGAGAGAGCCGACGUCCAGGUCACACAGCCUAAAGAGCUUCCUCCUCUCCUGUCUGGAGCUGAAGCCUCUCCUGGACCUCCAGCUCGGAGGCCGGCUGCCCUCGGUGUGGCCCUCAGGGGCCCCGGGAACCAUCGAUGCUGCGACUGUGGGGAGGAGGAACCUCGCUGGGCGUCCGUCAACCUGGGAGUGACCAUGUGCAUCGAAUGUUCUGGAAUCCACCGGAGUCUCGGCGUUCACCUGUCCAAGGUGAGGUCUCUGACUCUGGACUCCUGGGACACCGAACAGCUGAAGCUGCUGUGUGUUUUAGGAAACGACGUGAUGAACCAAAUCUACGAGGCUCGAUGUUCAGAGGAGGAAGGAGUCAAACCCAAAGCCGACAGUCCUCGAGCCGAGAAAGAGAUGUGGAUCAAGGAGAAAUACGUGGAGAAGAAGUUUGUUCAGCUCAGCAGCUCAGGAGAAGCUCAUAAGUCCGACUGGCGUCGUAAGGACGAGGCUGGGCUUCGUCUGUACCGGGCGUCUUUGGCGGGGGACCUGGUUGCCAUGGCGACAGCGUUAUCGGAGGGGGCAGAGGUCAACGGGAGCAUCGGAGAGGAGGGAGGACGGACGGCGUUGAUCGGAGCCGCUGUCGGGGGGUCACUGUUGGCCUGUGAAUUCCUGCUGCAGAACGGAGCCAAUGUGAACCACAGAGACCAGAGAGGGCAGGGGGCGCUGCACGCCGCCGCCACCGCUGGUCACACCGGGCAGGUGUGUCUGCUGCUGAAGAGGGGAGCCAAUCAGUACGCAGUGGACGAGACGGGACAGGACCCGUUGGCCAUCGCCGUGGAAACAGCCCAUGCCGACAUCGUCACACUACUGCGGAUGGCCCGGAUGAACGAGGAGAUGAGGGAUUCAGAGGGAGUCUUUGGAGGUGUGGGAGACGACGAGACGUUUCAGGACAUCUUCCGGGACUUCAGCGACAUGGCAUCCCACGAUCCGGACAGACUGACCCGACGGCAGUUCAGCCGAGGAGGAGAUGAAGAGGAGGAGGAUGAGGAGUGAUGACCAACAGCCAGAACAGUGUUGAAGAGGAGGGAGAGUGAUGCUGGGUUCCCGUGGUAACAGACAGAUUUAACAUGCAGUCGACUGACAGUUUAUUCUAUAAGAGGAUGUUAGAGGAAGUAUUUUAUGGGAUUAAAUGUCGCGUCUCUCUGGAUUAAACUGGAUCUCAGGGAGACGAAGGUCAACAUGUUGGAAAGAGUUUCGUCGAAGAUUCAGAUCGAUUCAGUAAAACGUGCAAUGAUGAGAAACAUUCCUGAAAAACGGUGAAAAAAACCUAAAUAGUGACGAGUAUAUUCAUCGUAGAUUAAUCUGCCUCACAGAUGUCGUCUUAAACUCCACCGAAGUUACAGAAAUGUUUUUAAAACGACCAGAAUUAUCACUGAAACGACUCAAAUUAUCAGCUAGAAACUGUAAGAACAGAAAGAAUUAAUCAGUUUUGUCAUCGUAUUGUUACAUCAACAAUAAAAUAAGCAAAUUUAGGCUUAAAAUCGUGUGAAAUUAGCCGUCUGUUACGUAGCUGAGCAGAGAAUUGUGGGUAAAAACAGUAAAAUGUAGAGAAAUGUCCUGGCAUAUUUGCCUACAAUAACUGUAAAAACUUUUCCCCUUUUAUUGCUUUUUAACGUUGAAUUAUGGUCAAUUUAAUUUGAGGUUUUAGACCAAAAUGUACCAAAAAGACUCUUUAUUGUCAAAGUGAAACAAGCUUUCUACUUAUUAAUGUCAAUUAAUUAAAAACACAAAAUGUAAAAUAAAUGAUUACAUAACUAUUUUUCAGUGUUUGGCAUUAAUAUGUAGAAAUCUGGUUUCACUUUGACAAUAGAGUCUUUUGUUUGUGUCGAACAUUUAUUUUCCUCUCAGUCUAAAAUUGUCCAAAAUCAUGUCUGUGUAGUUUCUCAUUCAUCCAAGUCAUGGUUAUCCAAAAUUGUUUAAAUCAGUCCAACUGGACUUUAAGAAGGUUCCUUGAAGAUGUUUCACCUCUCAUCCAAGAGGCUUCUUCAGUUGUGGUGGUGGUUGAUGUUGCCUCAGCUUAUAACCUCAGUGAGGUGUGGUCAGUGUUAUUCACAUCCUGACAACCAUUGCCAAGGCCUGUCUGGCUGAGGAGCCACUGACCACACCUCACAGAGGUUAUAAGCUGAGGCAACAUCAACCACCACCACAACUGAAGAAGCCUCUUGGAUGAGAGGUGAAACAUCUUCAAGGAACCUUCUUAAAGUCCAAAAAUGGUAAAAACGUGUCACAAACAGCUGCUGCCAGAAUCAAAGAAAGUUUAACACAACGAUGGAGGCACUUAUUGUGAAAAUCUCCAAGUUUACACCACUUUAAACGUUUAUUUUAUUUAAUAAAGCAGAAUAUUGUUGCUGUUUUCUCCACCACUGUAUAAAAUAAUAACAUAAAGCAGAUACGACUGGAUCCUGUGGUAAACAUUUUGACUAGAUCUUUUAGCAGUUUCAAGCAGAAAAAUAGCUCGCAAACUGUCAGAUUGAACACAAAAUAUGAAAUAAAUCAGGUAAAAAACGCUUAACAUUAAAACCAGCAGCAGAUCACAGGACUGAAUAUUUUUAAUAAUUAAUCCAUAACUGUGGAGUUUCUGUUUAUUUCCAGUUUCUAACUUUGUGUUUCUGGUUUUAAAGGGAUUUAACUGCUGAGUCGGUUUCAUUUUAUCUGUUUUAAGUGUUUUGUUUUUUUGUUUUUAAUGAGACUGAAUUAAAGCAGAGCUGCUGUUACUUCCUGUUUCCUCUGACAGCUGAGUUUUGAUUUCAGCAUCAGAUCGAUGAAGACGUUUGUCUGCUGACGAGAGACAUUUCAUUCCACUGUUACUACUGUGACCCGAAAUAAAACCACUGAAACAGA